AUCUUUUUUAAGGACCUGUUACAUAACGCACUUUUAAUGCCACCUGAGAAAGACGUUUGAGCCUCUGUUAAUGCAAAUGGUUAAACUACUGUAUACUGUAUUUUAUUUUAUUCAUACCGCGUGUUACUCCAUACCAACAAUUAUUGGUCAAACAACUCAGACGUGAUACGUUGCUUGACUCAUUUGAGUUUUAUUAUUCGACUAAUUAGGUUUUUGUCUUGCAGCUAAAUUACUUAUUGUAAUUGUAAACACGAUUUCUGGCAAACGUGGAAAACGCAGUGUAUAGGGUAAUAGCUUCCAAGUAAGUAAUUUAUAUAAAGCUGCUAAAGUAAUAAAGACGUAAAAACGCCCUUUAUUCCCCAGUAAAAUGGUCACUAAUGCGUGAGGCUGUUUGGCCAAUUCUGUUAAUGAGUGUUUGUCUUCAUAUGGAAGGAAAACUCAGUAUACCACGAGCAAACCCAUACAUACAAUGUGGUGAACAUUUAAAGAGGACUUAAAUAUCCGCACGGAUAGAUUUAAUAAUAAUCAAUAUUAGUAUCGCCCUCUGGCCACCUCGCAGUCCAAGAUCUCGACAAGCCUACAACAACAACACCACAUGGUAUAUUCCUAGGCAGCCUCCCAUCCUACGACUAUCAAGCCUCAAACCCAGCUGAGCUUGAGAAAUUUAAACUUGAUGUUUUUUCUCUCCCUGGUAUGCAAAUCAACGACAAAGCAUCACGAAAUCUCUGACCGAGAGCCUCCUGAACAAGGCGAGCACCGCUCGGACUGAACCAUUAGCACCGUGACAGUGGGGACAUUUCACACAAGCAGCUAUUUAUACACACACACACAUGCACACACUCUCUCUCACCACAGCCUCUGUUGCCACUAAGUGCUCGACUGCACACAUCGCUGGCUUGCUGCUCUGUCUCUGUCUUUCUCUACGCCGGUAUUGCAGCUCUUCUCCAGCCUGCUGUGUACGGGGUCUACAUCAUCAUCAUCGUCGUCGUCGUCUGCUGCUGCUGCUGCCAGAACGCGAAGAGAGACAUAGUGGUGGUGGUGUUGGCUGUAUUAGUAAUAGUCUCGCUGACUAUUACAAACAAGCAAGGAGUUCCGUGAGCAUGGAUGAAAACCAAGAACGCGACCGGGACACCUCGGAGGGAGCCAAAUCGUCUCCACAGGAUGUCAAUGCCAGUGACAGGGAGGCCUUGUUCCCUCGAGAGGUCGAGGGUGAGGACUCGAGAGGGGGGACAAGUGAUCUGCCCUCCGCCAGCCUGAAUGUCCUUAACUCCAUCAUAGGGGCAGGUAUAAUAGGAUUGCCCUAUGCCUUGAAGCAGGCGGGAUUCCCUCUGGGUCUAUUGCUUCUCGUGGUGGUGGCCUAUGUCACAGAUUACUCCAUCAUCUUGCUCAUCAAGUCCGGCUCUCUCUCUGGCACCACCACGUACCAAUCGCUCGUUCACAGCACGUUUGGUUACUUCGGCUACAUAGUGCUGUCCCUACUGCAGUUCACCUACCCGUUCAUUGCGAUGGUGAGCUACAAUGUCAUAACUGGUGAUACACUAACAAAGGUGUUUGAACGGAUUCCAGGAGUGGGUGCGGAGCAUGUCCUGGCAAACAGAUAUUUCAUAAUCUUCCUCACCUCGGUGUUUUGCACCCUGCCACUGUCCCUUUUCCGCGAUGUGGCCAAGUUGGGAAAGGUGUCUCUGAUUUCAGUGUUCUUCACACUUUUCAUCCUAAUUGUGGUGGUUGUGCGAGCAUUCACACUGGGACCACAAAUUCCUGCUUCCAUGAAUGCUUGGACUUUUGCGCAGCCAAAUGUGGUGCAGGCAGUGGGCAUCAUGGCUUUUGCUUUCAUUUGCCACCACAACACUUUCAUCAUCUACGGCUCGCUGGAGCAGCCCUCACUCAGCAACUGGUCCCGCGUGACGCACGUGUCGGUGCUGAGCGCUCUCAUCAUCAGCCUUAUCCUCGCGGCGUGUGGCUAUGCCACGUUCACGGGAUUCACACAAGGAGAUAUUUUCGAGAAUUACUGCAAAAACGAUGACCUGGUUACAGCAGGCCGCUUCUGCUACGCGCUGAGCAUACUACUCACAUUUCCCAUUGAGUGUUUUGUUACCAGAGAGGUGUUUGAGAACGUGUUCUUUGCAUCGGCCCCGUGGAGCCGCGUACGACACACGAUCGUCACGGUGGUGAUUGUGGCAGCGGCCAUGGCUGCCUCCAUCUCGACAGACUGCUUGGGCAUUGUGCUGGAGCUCAAUGGCGUGCUGUGUGCCUCGCCACUGGUCUUCAUUCUGCCCGCGGCGUGCUACCUGCGCCUUUCAUCCGAGCCGUGGUACAACCCAAACCGCUUGCUGUCAGCCGUCCUGCUGCUAUGCGGGAUGGCUAUCAUGGGAGUGGGGCUGGUCAUGGCCCUGCUGCACCAACAGACCUGCACACAUGGCCAGGAGAUGUUCUACUGCACAUCGCUAAACGUCACCACCCUGCACGGCCACAAUGUCACCUUCCCCAGCAGCACUGUGGCUGGGUUGUGGACAUGAGGAUUGCUUCGUCAAUAAAUUAGUGUACAGUGCUAUAGUCCUCAAUAGAAAAGUACUCGCUUUUUUUUCUUUCCUACCUAAUGUUGUAGUUAGUGGUGUAUUUUUGACCAUUACAAUGUAUGCUAUGCUUUGACGUACUGCCUAUAAUAUUUAACGGUAUAUUUCCAGGACUGUUUGCGCUAUGAUUUAAUAUCGAGUUCCAGGCAAAUCUUUGAUUUUCAAAAACAUUAAACUGAAAAGUAUUGAAAUACUUUACACCAACUUUACAUGACUUAUUCAAUUUCAAAUGAGUGUGAUGUAAUUUAUCGAUUUGUUUUAAAAGGUUCCUAGCAUCUGACAGUGUCUAAUUUGUAGAGAUAUGAUUAAAACAGUAAACAUAAAACAGUUAAUAUAAUUAAGUGGGUGUAUGAGUAUGUUGGAUUCCACUCAAGUAAUUUAAUAAUGUAUUUAUUUUGCACGUUAUGUACAGUACUUUGUGUUGCUUCAGUGAUGCAGUAUUCCAUUGCGAUUCUAUUCAUGGUCAAAACCAAAUAUCUCAAAUACAAUCGUAUAUUUUAAAUCACAAUUAUUGCACAUGUAGUCAUUUCAAUGUUGAGGAAUAUGGUAACUAUAGUACACGUUCAAGAGGCCCUACUUGUAAGUGCAUUAAUAGAUUAUACUGUUACAAUAAA